AUGAUUGCAGUACUGGAACCUUUCUCUGACAAUACCCAAAUUAAUCUGUUCAAAAGUUUGCUUGUUAUGGAUCAUGCGAUUAGUAACAUCAAUGGAAAAAUCUGGCUUUUUUGGACUAAUGAGAUCACUUGUAAUGUGAUUGAAGCUGAUGAACAGCAGAUUUCUUGUGAACUUAACCACACAGAAGCACCUGAGACCUACAUCACGACUUUUGUGUAUGCCAAGUGUAAAGAAUAUCUCAGAAAACCACUCUGGGAUAGACUCCUUCAUCUUGCUGAUACUAAGGAUACCUUUCCUUGGUGUACAGUGGGAGACUUUAAUGUUAUUACUGAUAUUGAUGAAAAGCUGGGGGGCAUCCCUUAUAACAUGAGGAAAAGCUUAGAUUUUAUUGGAGUUAUUGAAGCUUGUGGACUCAUGGAUUUGGGGUUUAAUGGACCUAGAUUCACCUGGUCUAAUCAAAGAGGUAUUAAUUUCAGAAUCUGGAAAAGGUUAGACAGGGCUAUGGUGAAUGAUAGAUGGUUGAAGGAUAUGCCUCAGACUAAUAUUACUCAUCUUCCAUCUGUGGGGUCUGAUCACUGUCCACUUCUGAUGGAAAUGAAUGCCAGGCCUGAUAACCACAUUAAAUAUUUCAGAUUUCUCAAUUGCUGGGCUGAUCAACCUUCCUUUACAGAGACUGUUACAGAUUGCUGGAAAAGGCCUAUAGAAGGAAAUCCCAUGUGGACCUUUCAUCAAAAAAUGAAGAGACUGGCAGCUACUCUCAGUGUCUGGUCUAAAAUGCAAAUUGGUGAUAACUAUGCCAAGGUUAAAGAUUUUGAAGCAAGAGUCAAAGAGGCUGAAGACAACCUCAUCCACAAUAACACAGAGGAACAGAGGUCAAAAUUACAUGGUAUUAAUGCAGAAUAUAUCAGAUUCAUGAAGAUGGAAGACUCUAUUCUUAAACAAAAAACUCAGUUGCAUUGGUUUAGAGAAGGGGACAGCAACUCAAAAUACUUUCAUGCGUUGAUUAGAGGCAGAAGGAGAAGGCUGUUUAUUCACAAAAUCCUCAACGACAAUGCCGACUGGGUACAGGGAGAUGAACAGAUUGCUAAGGCUGCUUGCGAACACUUUCAGAAUAUCUUCACAGGGGAGGAAAAAUUUAUAGAUGAAAUUCCCAUGAAUUGUAUUCCAAGAAUGGUCGAUCAGGUGCAAAAUGAUAGGAUGAAAGAAUUACCUACUAUGGAGGAACUAAAGGAGGUUGUUUAUUCCAUGAAUCCCAAUUCAGCUGCUGGACCUGAUGGAAUGAAUGGAUAUUUUUUCCAGAAAUGUUGGAGUAUUAUCAAAAAAGACCUGCUGGCAGUUAUUCAUGCUUUCUUCAGUGGUCAAAUGCUCCCCAAAUAUUUCUCACAUGCCUGCCUAGUUCUUCUUCCCAAGGUGAAAAAUCCCAAUAAACUCACUGAGUUUAGACCCAUCAGCUUGAGCAACUUCACCAACAAGAUCAUUUCUAAGCUACUAUGUCUCAGACUGACUCCUAUCUUACCUAGCCUGAUUUCCUCUAAUCAAUCCGGCUUUGUUAAGGGUAGGAGUAUCUCUGAGAACAUUAUGUUAGCCCAAGAAAUCAUCCACCAGCUCAAACAACCCAAUAUCGGAAGCAAUGUAGUAAUCAAACUUGAUAUGGCAAAAGCCUAUGACAGGGUCUCUUGGUCAUAUAUUUGUCUAGUCCUUCGGAGAAUGGGCUUUGAUGAAGUCUUCAUAGACAUGGUUUGGAGAAUUAUGGCAAACAAUUGGUACUCUAUUAUUAUUAAUGGCAAGAGACAUGGCUUCUUUCAUUCCACCAGAGGCCUUAAGCAGGGAGACCCCCUAUCCCCAGCCCUAUUUAUUUUAGGUGCUGAGGUACUGUCAAGGUCCUUGAAUAGACUUUUUCAGAAUCCCCUUUAUCAUGGUUUCCAUAUGGAAAGGAGAGGCCCUCAGAUUAAUCAUCUGAGUUUCGCAGAUGACAUCAUUAUAUUCACCUCUGGGAGGAAACAUUCUCUCAAACUUAUUAUGCAUACUUUGGCUACUUAUGAGAGGAUAUCUGGCCAGCUCGUCAACAAAGCAAAAAGUCAUUUUAUGCUUCACUCCAAUGCUUUCAGAACCACCAGUGACAGGGUCAGAAAAUAUACGGGAUUUCAUCAGAAAGAUGCCCCUCUCACAUACCUAGGAUGCCCUUUAUUUGUUGGCAGGCCUAGGAUAAUCUACUUCUCGGAGCUCAUCAACAAGGUAGUUAACAAAAUCACAGGAUGGCAAUCAAAACUUUUGAGCUUCGGGGGCAAAGCAACUUUGAUUAAGCACGUGUUACAAUCACUCCCUAUCCACAUAUUAGCUACUACCUCCACACCUUCAACUGUUAUGAAGCAAAUUCAAGGCACUAUGGCUGACUUCUUCUGGGGGUGGAGGAAUGACAAGAAGAAAUACCAUUGGUCCUCAUGGAAGAACUUAAGUUUUCCCUAUGAUGAAGGAGGAAUUGGAGUACGACUUAUGAGUGAUGUAUGUCGAGCAUUCCAAUUCAAGCAAUGGUGGACAUUUAGAUCCAAGCAAACACUGUGGGGGGAUUUUCUAAGGGCAAAAUAUUGCCAAAGAUCCAAUCCUAUAAGUAAAAAAUGGGACACUGGUGAAUCCCAAGCUUGGAGACUGAUGAUGAAGAACAAACAUGUUGUGGAAAGUCACAUUCAAUGGAAAAUCAGAAAUGGGUCUUGUUCCUUUUGGUGGGAUAACUGGCUGGGAGUAGGCCCGUUGGCUCAAUACACCACUGCUAGCAACAGGUUUAACAACGAACCAGUCUCUGAUUUUAUUGAGGAAGGUCAAUGGAACAUGAACAAGGUGAUCCAGUCAGCCCCUCCUGGUCAGGUACACAAUAUCCUCUCUACUCAGUUACAGCUUCAGAAUGGACAACCUGAUCUGGCAGUGUGGAAUCCCAAUACCAGUGGCCAGUUCACUGUGUCAUUUGCAUGGAAUUGUAUUAGAGAAAAAAGGGAAAAAACCAAGUUCAACACCUGUACCUGGCAGAAAAAUAUUCCAUUCAAAUGUUCCUUUUUGCUUUGGAGAGCUAUCAGAGGAAAACUCCCUACUAACGAGAAGCUCGCAAGCUUUGGAAUCGAACCUAGUGAAUGCCACUGCUGUCACUCUCCAGGUACAGAUACCAUCGAACAUAUCUUUAAUUCAGGGAAUUUUGCCAAGAAUGUUUGGAAGUUUUUUGCAACCGCGUUAGGCAUUCAAACUGAUCCCUUACCUCUAAGAAACAUGAUCAUGAGGUGGUGGAGUUUGAAUCAUAACAAUGAAGCACACAAGCUCAUCUUACAAUCUACUCCAAUCUUUAUUUGUUGGAAUUUAUGGAAAAAUAGAUGCGCUAAAAAGUAUGGUAGAAAACAGUCCAACAUGGCAAGGGUCAAACAUCUUGUGAUUUUAGACACCUUCAAACUGCUGCAUACUGCCUUCCCCUACAUAUCCUGGCCAUGGGAAUGGAGUAAGCUAUGUACACUCAUUGAGAAGUGUACCCACGACAUCAAGGUGACUGUUGUCCAGUGGAUUAAACCUCCGGACAGAUGGACUAAACUAAACACUGAUGGGAGUGCACUGUCCAAUCCGGGAAGCACAGGUGCAGGAGGGAUUCUUAGAAAUCAUUUUGGAGAUAUUAUAUUUGCUUUUUCAGCUCCUUUAGGCGAAGGAACGAACAACAAAGCUGAGAUAGAAGCAGCUAUAUUUGGCUUAUCAUGGUGCGUACAGUUGAAAUAUAAGAAGGUAAUCCUUGAAGUUGACUCUCAACUUCUGGUAGACUGGCUUAUGAACAAUACAGCAGUUCCAUGGUCCAUCUCAUCCCAGGUGCAAAAGCUUCAACAUCUCAUCACUCAAUUCACACACUUCAAAUGCAUUCAUACUCUCCGAGAAGCCAAUUUUGUCGCAGACUCUCUCUCCAAACACAGCCACCAGCUGACCACCCCCCAGUUAUACUUCAGCAUCCAGCAGCUCCCUAGACUCGCAACAACAUAUCUCCAACAAGACAUUACAAGUAUGGCUAGUUUCAGAAGAAGGAAAUUGAAGAGAAUUAAGGAACCGCCUUAA